AUGAAUAACAACAAAACGGAGCUGUUUAUCUCGGGGGUGGACCAAAGUGAAACCGCUGCUAUAACUAGCUAUGGUUUCCCUUAUGGUACUCUCCCUAUUAGAUAUCUUGGCUUCCCGUUGAUGAGCCGCAAGCUAAAAAUAUCUGAGUAUGCCCCUCUUAUGGUCAAGCUUAACAUGUCCUUUCAGUCUUGGUCGGCUAAACUUCUAUCUUUCGCCGGUAGAUUACAGUUGCUCAAGACCGUCAUCUUUGGAACGGUUACUUUCUGGACAUCGGCCUACAUUUUGCCAAAGGUUGUAUACGCCAAAUUGAGUCUCUCUGCUCCCGUUUCCUAUGGUCCUAUGUUUAAAGUUUAUUUGGCUGCUACUGUCAACACACCCUCUCUAUGGGUAGACUGGCACCAGAGUACGCACCUGACAGGGCAAUCUUUUUGGACAAUAAAUGCGGCUCCAACAGACUCUUGGGCUUGGCGGAAACUGUUGGACCUUCGGCCUCUAGCGCUUCGAUUCUGUAAAAGUCAGCUAGGGAACGGGAAGAACACUAGCUUUUGGCACGACGUCUGGACUCCGUUGGGCCAGCUAAGAAGCUUCAUUGGCGACGCAGGUCCAAGAUCCCUCCGAGUUAGAACAACCGCGAUGGUAGCUGACACAGUCACGAGAUCAAGAUGGAAUCUACCUCACCCCCGCUCGCAAAGGGAAGUUGACCUACAUGCUUACCUCACUACUAUUAAUUUGCCACUACCUGUUGAUGUCCUCAACAACGUGGAGGUACUGAGGCCGAGACAAGCUUCACAAAGCUGGGUGGACGUCGUAUGGUUCAAAGGAGCAAUUCCCAAGCAUAGUUUCAACAUGUGGGUCGCAAACUACGAUCGUUUACCAACACGUUCCAGGCUCGCAGCAUGGGGGCUACCUAUCACUUCAUCCUGCCCCUUCUGCUCCAACUUCGACGAAACCAGAGACCAUCUCCUACUCUCCUGUGAGUACAGCGUCACCAUAUGGAGGGAGAUCUUCAUCCGCUGCCAUCCACCUGCUUCGCCUUUUGCAAACUGGUCCGAAUUGCUUUCUUGGAUCAGAGUUGCCACAUCUUCAAAGCUAAAACUGCUAAGGAAGCUAGCGUCACAAACUAUGGUCUACCACGUGUGGAAACAGAGGAACAACCUGAUUCACAAUCAAACAUCAGUACCGGCUGCGACUGUGUUCCGAGGCAUCGACAGAGAGCUAAGGAACAUCAUCUCAGCAAGGAGACAUAGAAAGAGAUUUGAUCCUCUCAUGGUUAUGUGGCUGAGAUAG